AUGGCAUCUCCACAAGGGGGCUACCCUCCCCAGGAAGGGUACGGACAACAACCCGCGGGCUAUGGAGCCCCUGUUCAGCAGCCCGGGGAAGCUCCUCCCGCUCCACAAGCCCACGCCGGAGGGAAAAAGAAGAGAGCAUAUGCUGGAGAGGCCUUCGAGUUCGGCUCCGGUGCGAAUGCUGCCCUCGGUGGUCAGCCGCCUGCCGGUGGUAGCUACGGGGCAUACCCUCAACAGCCUGCCUACGGAGCCGAUCCGUCGCAGAUGGCUCAAGGAUAUGCUCCUCCAGUUGCCCCGGGAGUCGCACAGAUGACCCAGCAGUUUGGUGCUAUGGGUGUCACGGAUCCUCACCUUAUGCCACCUCAACCGGCUCCCCAAGCUCCCCAGGCCCCGCGAGCAGUUCCCCUCAAUCAACUCUACCCGACCGACCUGCUCACCCAGCCGUUCAAUGUUGCCGAGCUCGACUAUCCUCCCCCUCCUAUCGUCCUGGCGCCUGGGACCAGCGUUUACCCCUCUCCCUAUGCGAACUGCCCUUCGAAAUAUGUGCGCUCCACACUCAAUGCCGUCCCGACAACGCACUCGCUUCUGAAGAAGUCAAAACUCCCCUUCGCUCUUGUCAUUCAACCAUACGCUGCCCUCCACGAUGCCGAAGACCAAGUUCCAGUAAUCCCAGACCAAGUCAUCUCGCGUUGCCGACGCUGCCGAUCUUAUAUCAACCCCUUUGUGACAUUCCUGGACCAUGGACAUCGCUGGCGUUGCAACAUGUGCAAUCUGACCAACGAUGUACCGCAGGCGUUCGAUUGGGACACAACUCUCCAGAAGCCAGCAGACAGGGCACUGAGAGCUGAUCUCAACCACGCAGUGGUGGAAUUUGUGGCCCCUCAGGAAUACAUGGUUCGACCUCCGCAGCCGCUGGUUUAUCUCUUCCUGAUCGACGUGAGCUAUUCGUCGGUAACCAACGGUCUUCUGGCUACGAGUGCCCGGUGCAUCAAGGAAAGCUUGGACCGAAUUCCCAAUGCAGACCGACGGACAAGACUCGGUUUCCUCGCCGUCGAUUCCAGCCUUCACUAUUUCAGCAUCCCUCGGGAUGGCUCAGAGACAUCCGACCCGCGUAUGCUGGUCAUCAGUGAUCUAGACGAGCCUUUUCUUCCCAUUCCCGGAGAUCUACUGGUAACUCUGAGUGAGUGCCGUGAGAACAUCGAGGUCUUCCUCGACAAGCUGCAGGAGAUGUUCCAGAACACCCAGAACAACAGUUGCGCCAUGGGCUCGGCCCUGCGUGCUGGAUACAAGCUUAUUUCUCCCGUCGGAGGUAAAAUGACUGUUCUCACCUCUUCUUUGCCCAACGUCGGCCACGGUGCUUUGACCAUGCGAGAAGAUAAGAAAGUUCUCGGAACAAGCAAGGAGAGCGGUCUGCUUCAGACCGCGAACAGCUUCUACAAGAGUUUCGCUGUUGAGUGUUCCAAGGCGCAGGUGUCUGUGGAUAUGUUCUUGUUCUCAUCUCAGUACCAAGAUGUGGCGUCACUCAGCAAUCUCCCCAGAUACACAGGUGGUCAGACAUAUUUCUACCCCGGCUGGAAUGCUGCCCGUAGUGAGGAUGCGAUCAAGUUUGCGCGCGAGUUUUCUGACUACUUGUCCUCCGAAAUCGGUCUCGAGGCCGUGCUUCGUGUCCGCGCCACCACUGGUUUGCGCAUGAGCACAUUCUACGGUAACUUCUUCAACCGCAGCUCCGAUCUCUGCGCCUUUCCUGCCUUCCCUCGUGACCAAGCAUACGUUGUCGAGGUCGCGAUUGAUGAGACCGUCACAAAGCCUGUCGUCUGCAUGCAAACAGCGGUGCUUCACACGACCUGCAAUGGCGAGCGCAGGAUCCGAGUCUUGACCCUGGCGCUGCCUACUACACAGAAUCUGGCCGACGUUUAUGCUUCGGCUGACCAGCAAGCUAUUGCUACCUUCUUCAGCCACAAAGCCGUUGAACGGACACUUGGAAGCGGUCUGGAGCAAGCUCGCGAAGCCCUACAAGCGAAGGCUGUGGAACUGCUAUCCACCUACCGAAAAGAACUUGCUGGUGGAAGCGUUGGUGGCGGCGGCCUCCAAUUCCCCGCCAACCUUCGAGGCCUGCCUGUCCUUUUCCUCGCGUUGAUCAAGAAUCUCGGUCUACGCAAGUCGGCGCAGAUACCGACGGAUAUGAGAUCUGCGGCUCUUUGCCUGUUAUCAACCCUCCCUCUCCCACUCCUCAUCCAAUACAUCUACCCGAAAAUGUACUCUCUUCACGAUAUGCCCGAUAACGCCGGCUUGCCAGAUGAGCAGACCGGCGAAAUCGUCCUACCGCCCACUGUUAAUCUGUCCUCCGAGCGAAUAGUUCCUUAUGGUCUCUACCUCAUCGAUGACGGCCAGACUCAGUUCCUGUGGGUUGGACGUGAUGCGGUGCCGCAGCUCCUACUUGACGUCUUUGGCCUAGCUGAUAGGUCCCAACUCCGGGUUGGCAAGCAAAACCUCCCUGAGCUGGACAAUGACUUCAACGGACGGGUCCGGGCGGUUGUGGAGAAGAGCCGGGACCAUCGGUCGAAGGGUGUGGGCAGCAUUGUGGUGCCACACCUGUAUGUGGUCAAGGAGGAUGGAGAGCCCGGCCUUCGUCUGUGGGCGCAGACGAUGCUGGUGGAAGACAGAGCGGACCAGGGGGUCAGUCUGGCGCAAUGGAUGGGCUCACUGAGGGAGAAGGUUUGA